CCGCAGUUCGUGACCUCAUUCGAGAGUACCAAGGCAUUUUCCCAUCGUCGUUCUCGUACGUUGGCAUCCCACCGAUGCGCGACGUCGAGUACUCCAUCCAGCUUGUGCCUGACUAUCGUGUUCACCAUCAGGCACCCUACAGACUCUCGAUCCCCGAGGCCACCAAACUCAAGCGUCAGCUUGAGGAGCUCCUGAGACUGGGUUUCAUUAAACCCAGCAACUCCCCGUGGGGUGCACCCGUCCUCUUUGCUCGCAAAGCGGAUGGAACUCUUCGUCUCUGCAUCGACUACCGCAGUCUCAACCGCUACACGGUUAAGAACAGCUACCCUAUGCCUCGUUCCGAUGAGCUGUUCGACCGCCUAGCAGACAACCGCUUCUUUACGAAGAUUGGUCUUCACAACGGUUACCAUCAGAUCCGCGUCGCUGCACCCGACCAGCCGAAGACAGCGUUCCGAUCGCGCUUCGGCCAGUACGAGUUUACAGUGAUGUCAUUCGGCCUCACCAAUUCACCCGCCACCUUCCAGAGGGCGAUGCACGACAUCUUCAGGGACAUCCUGGAGCAGUACGUUCUCGUCUACCUCGAUGAUAUCCUGGUCUACAGUCGUACCCUUGAGGAGCACCUCAGACAUCUCCGUGACGUCCUUGACCACUUGCGCAGACAUGGCUUCUACGCUAGGCUGAGCAAAUGCCGCUUUGCCCAGCACAAAGUGAAUUUCUUAGGACACUACGUGUCUUACCAGGGUCUCCACAUGGACGACGCGAAGAUCACUGCUAUUGCAGAGUGACCCGCUCGCACAUCCGCCAAGCAGCUUCGCAGCUUCCUAG